GAUCAGCAUGCGUUCAUUAGGCGUUCUAGGUGUAGCGCUACAUGCCUCUCUGCUCAUACUGCUGACUCAAGGAAUUCACAAAUCUAGAGAUGGAGUUUAUCACGGAAAAUCACGACGCUUUGCUACAGACCACCGUCCACCUGGAUUCCAUCACCUGGCACCGAAGUACAUGAUGCACCUUUACCGGAAUUACAAGUCAAAUCUUACUCGGCCUAUAGACGUAAUGGAGAAGGCCAUCGCAAAACAAGCAGACACAGUCAAGAGUGUGAUGGCAAAAAGUUUAUUUCACAGACCCCGACGCUGGACUGCAACCUUUGACCUGACCACCUUAUUGGCCGACGAACGGAUCCAAGCAGCGGAGCUCAGGUUCAGGUUUCCCCGGGCGACGAGGGCUUCCAACAUUACCGUGGAGAUCUACCAUCACCACGACUACCCGUGCAGGCAGACACAGGGGAUCUGCCAGGAACACCAGCUGGUGGGAUAUUUCUCUGUCUCCUCUGUGAUUAACUCCUCUCAGCACUGGAAGGUGUACAACCUUACUGAUCCGCUGUUGAACUGGCUCGGCCAGGAACAGAUUUCCAGGAGCUCAAUGAAGAGGAGAUCACCAAACAAGACAGAGAGAGAUGUGUACUUCCCCAACUCUAUCCAGUUGGCUGGGUCUACAACACAGCAGAACCCUGUCCAGUUGGCUGGGUCUACAACACAGCAGAACCCUGUCCAUUUGGCUGGGUCUACAACACGGCAGAACCCUGUCCAGUUGGCUGGGUCUACAACACGGCAGAACCCUGUCCAGUUGGCUGGGUCUACAACACGGCAGAACCCUGUCCAGUUGGCUGUGUCUAAAACACGGCAGAACCCUGUCCAGUUGGCUGUGUCUAAAACACGGCAGAGUCAGUGUGUGAGCGACAGAGCCUUACUGGUUGUAUUCUCUCAUACAGGGUCAGAGGAGGGCUCCCAGGCCAAAGCCAGUCUCCUCCACACGGCCGAACAGUCCAAGUUCCUGUCCACCACCGAGUCCAAGAAGUUCCGCAGGCCGAAGAGACACAGGAAAAAAAGGGGCCACUCAGGCCAGAGGGAACCGCCAGACAUGAGGGGUCCAGAGGUGUCUAGCGGAAACAUUGAGAUUGACCCGUCUCUCUGUCGAAGAGUGGACAUGCAUGUAGACUUCAAUCAGAUAGGCUGGGGGUCCUGGAUCGUCUUCCCGAAGAAGUAUAAUGCCUAUCGAUGUGAGGGGAUCUGUCCAAGUCCUUUGGGAGAAGACUUGAACCCAACAAAUCAUGCUUACAUGCAGAGUCUCCUAAAACACUACCACCCUGAGCGGGUUCCCUCGGCGUGCUGCGCCCCCACCAAGAUGAGUCCUCUAAGCAUGCUGUAUUAUGAGAAUGGAGAAAUGCUGCUUCGCCAUCACGAGGAUAUGGUUGUGGAUGAAUGUGGCUGCCUGUAGCCUCUGUCACGGGCUUCAACCCGACCUUCA